CGCCAACGCCGCAUGUCAAAUCCAACCGUCGCCGCCGAGUAACGCCCAAUCGAUGAACUUGAAAGACAACUACCGCAUCGAGCUUCGCGCCGCGAUUCGCCAGCUAACCGAUCGUUGUCUCUACGCCGCGUCCAAAUGGGCGGGAGAGCAAUUGGUGGGCAUCGAGCAUGACCCGGCCAAGUUCACGCCGGCCAACACCAGAUUCCAGCGCGGCAGCUCCAGCAUCCGCCGCAGAUUCCGCACCACUGACGUCAUCUCGACGCCGAUUGCCGGCGUGUCAUAUGUGUCGACUCCGAUUAUGGAGGAGGACGAGAUUGUGGACGGCGAUUUUUACCUGCUUGCCAAGUCUUACUUUGAUUGCAGAGAGUACAGAAGAGCUGCUCAUGCUCUUCGUGAUCAAGGCGGUAAAAAAUCAGUCUUUUUACGCUGCUAUGCUCUUUACCUGGCUGGAGAGAAGCGAAAAGAGGAAGAAUUGAUGGAACUUGAGGGACCACUAGGAAAGAGCGAUGUUGUGAAUCGUGAACUGGCUUCUAUCGAGAGGGAGUUAUCGACUAUUAGGAAAAAUGGUACAAUUGAUCCUUUUGGACUGUACUUGUAUGGCCUCGUGCUGAAAGAGAAAGGCAAUGGGAACCUCGCUCGUACAGUUCUUGUGGAGUCUGUUAAUAGCUACCCUUGGAACUGGAAUGCCUGGUUAGAGCUGCAGUCCUUGUGCGCUACAGUUGACAUCUUGAACAGCCUUAGUCUCAAUAAUCAUUGGAUGAAGGAGUUUUUUCUAGCCAAUGCUUACCAAGAACUAAGAAUGCACAAAGAGUCCUUGUUGAAAUAUGAUUAUCUACAUGGCAUUUUUGGUUUUAGCAAUUACAUUCAGGCUCAGAUUGCAAAAGUCCAGUACAGUUUGAGGGAAUUUGAUCUAGUUGAAGGAAUUUUUGAAGAUCUUCUCAGGAAUGACCCUUAUCGAGUGGAGGACAUGGAUAUGUAUUCCAAUGUGUUAUAUGCAAAGGAAUGUUCAUCGGGACUGAGUUACCUUGCCCAUAGAGUAUUUAUGACAGAUAAAUACAGACCUGAAUCUUGUUGCAUCAUUGGGAAUUAUUACAGCUUAAAAGGGCUGCAUGAGAAAGCAGUUCUGUACUUUAGGAGGGCACUCAAACUGGAUAGAAAUUAUUUAUCUGCUUGGACCCUUAUGGGUCAUGAAUUUAUUGAGAUGAAAAACACGCCAGCUGCUGUUGACGCUUAUCGGCAUGCUGUAGAUAUAAAUCCGAGUGAUUAUCGUGCUUGGUAUGGAUUAGGACAGGCUUAUGAGAUGAUGGGUAUGCCCUUUUAUGCUCUUCAUUACUUCCGGAAAUCAGUAUUUUUACAGCCAAAUGAUUCUCGGUUAUGGAUUGCCAUGGCUCAUUGUUAUCAAACUGAUCAGCUGAAUAUGAUUGAUGAAGCAAAGAAGUGUUACAAAAGGGCAGCAGAUUGUAAUGACAGGGAAUCAAUUGCCCUGAACGCCCUAGCUAAGCUAUAUGCUGAGGAAGGACGUAUAGAAGAAGCAGUUUAUUACUACAAGAAGGAUCUAGAGAGGAUGGAAGAUGAAGAGAGGGAAGGACCUAACAUGGUUGAAACACUCUUCUUUCUUGCUAAAUACUUCAGAGAGCAGAAAAAGUUUGAAGAAGCAGAGGUCUACUGUACCCGUCUUAUGGAUUAUGCCGGCCCAGAAAAGGAAAGAGCAAAAAGUUUACUCCGCGGAAUUAGAAUGGAACAAACUGGUGCUCCUUUCAUGGAUAUUGAGCGCUUUCCUCCUUGAUUUCUUGUCAGGACAUAUUACAUCGAUCAACUUCAUGAGCGAUGGGAGUUGCAGUUGAGCAUAGUCUCUUCUCAUGUAUGAUUUAGUAACUGCUAUGCUGAAGGUUUAUUGGUCUGAUUGCUGCAGAAAGUUCAAGCCAGCUCUAGCACUCUAGUCUUGUCUAGUCUUCUAGGACAAAAUUUAACUUCAAAAGCAUUCCCUUCUCCCUGUUGUGGUUUUUCUUGCCUUGAGCUGUUUUUAUAAGCCUUACUGAAUUGUAAUCAGAAACU